UACUUCAACAAAGAAUCAAUUCAACACCAUAAAAACUGCUCCUUUUUCUCUCUCUCUCCUCUCUCUCAUAUGCGUUUCUCUAUGUACCAACUCUCGUAACUCCCCCUCCUUUCUUCUUCUUCUUCUUCUUCUGAAGUUCCCUCUGUUCCCCCGGGGAGAGAGAAACAGAAUGUCGUCUGGCUUCUCCGGCGGAAGCGGCGGCGGCGGCGGCCCGGAGUUCUACACAGCCACCGGUGGGAUUAGCGCCAGAUCUAUCGCCAACGCCAUGAGCUCCAUCAACGGCAACGCCGCCUCGCAGUCUCCCUUCCGAUCGCAGCCGCAGUUCGCCGGGAUUUUCCUGCAGCCUUCCUCUCAGAUGACGCCGCAACCGACGCAGCCGCGGCCGAGUCUCAUCGGCAAGCGGACUCUCAUGGAGUUUCAAGAGAACCCGGCCUUGAACAGCCUCCUCUUGCGCUCCGUGAGGUCGAAAAUCUCUCAGCAGUCCUCGCCGAUUUCUCACCUGGACUUCUCCGCUGCUGUUUCUCCUCCCGACGUAAUGUCCAGCUUAUCGGCGCUGUCUUCGCCGGCGAGCUUCUCCGCGCAAAGGUACGGUGUUCCUCUCCUUCAACAGCUCAGGCCGCAGCCCAUUGCUCUCGGUAACGGGGCGAUCCACGUGAGCAAUCAAGCUCUGGCGGGAGUUUCGUUCGCGAACGUGCUCCAGAACAGAGUGAAUCCUAACCAAGCCGAGACGGAGAACAAGAUGAUGAAUCGUCUGCAGGAGCUCGAAAAGCAGCUCUUGAACGAUGACGAGGACGGCGACGGGGACGCCGUCUCCGUGGUUACUAACACUAACAGCGAGUGGUCCGAGGCAAUUCAGACCCUCAUAAGUCCGGGUCAGAAGCAGAUAUCUCCGUCGCCGACCUCGUCUUCUUCGUCGUCCUCGCCUUCGUCUUCGUUGUCCGUGGCGUCGCCGGUUUCCAUCUGCUCGAAGCGGUCGCUAAUGGAGGCUGCGACGGCGAUAUACGAUGGCAGAGCAGACGUGGCUUCGGAGAUCCUGACGCGCUUGUCUGCCGUGCCGAACCCCAAGGGUAAUUCAGAGCAGAAACUGAUGGAUUACAUGCUGUCUGCGCUUAAAUCGCGCGUGAGCCCCGUUGAUAACCCACCCCCCGUGGCCGAGUUGUUCAACAAGGACCAUAUGUUAUCGACUCAGUCCCUUUACGAUCUGUCUCCUUGUUUCAAGCUCGGUUUCAUGGCUGCCAAUCUCGCGAUUUUGGAGGCUGCAUCGGAGCAACCCUCCGCUAACAAGCUCCAUGUAAUUGAUUUCGAUGUUGGUCAGGAAGGACAGUACCUCAAUCUCCUCCACGCGCUGUCCGCGCGUCAGGCGGGCAGUCAAUCCACCCUCAAGAUCACGACGCUCGCAGAUAACUUGAACAGUGAGGAGAGGCUCAGGUUGGUCGGGGACCGACUGAGUGAACUCGCGGCCAAGAUGGGAGUUAGGUUAGAAUUCAACAUCGUGAGCCAGAAGCUGAGCGAGUUGAGCCGCGACUCGCUGGGCUGCGAGCCCGACGAGGUGCUGGCGGUGAACUUCGCGUUCAAGCUGUACAGAAUGCCGGACGAGAGCGUGUCCGUGGAGAACCCGCGCGACGAGCUCCUCCGGCGCGUGAAGGGCCUGGCGCCGCGGGUGGUGACGGUGGUGGAGCAGGAGAUGAACGGGAACACGGCGCCAUUCAUGACGCGCGUGGGGGAGGCGCUGGCGUGCUACGGGGCGCUGCUCGAGUCGAUCGAGUCCACAGUGGCGAGGGACAACUCGGAGCGAGCGAGGGCGGAGGAGGGGCUGAGUCGGAAAUUGCGGAACUCGGUUGCUUGCGAAGGUAGGGACCGGGUGGAAAGAUGCGAGGUAUUCGGGAAGUGGAGGGCCCGGAUGGGGAUGGCUGGGUUCGAGUCGAAGCCACUGAGUCAACACGUGGCCGAAUCGAUGAAGGCGAGGCUGAGCAGUGGGAGCCGGGUCAACCCGGGAUUCACGGUGAAAGAAGAGAAUGGUGGGGUUUGCUUCGGCUGGCUCGGCCGAACUCUCACCGUCGCAUCCGCCUGGCGUUAAGCUCCACUCGCUCCCGCGCACCCACUUUCCCGAAAAGUAUUAACCAAAUUGAUAUACGUAUGUGUAUGUUAUGUGCUAUGAAUGGCGAUGGUGAUGUGAUAUCUUUAUAAUGUAUUGUUUUCAAGUUCCUUUCUUCUUUUUCCUGAGAAAAUGGGAAAAGAAAAAAGGACGAGGAGCAAGAAGAAGAAGAAGAAGGAGAAGGAGAAGAGAAUCCGAUUCCCCACCCAAGCAAUUGAGUAAUAAGAAAGAGAUGUUUGGAUUUGAGGAGAGAAAUUCCCAUGCGUUGCAUUCAAUUUCUCGCGUUAUUCGAUUUGUUUAGUUUGGUGUUGUAUUGAA